UCGUAACAACGAUCACACUCACUCGUUUGUGUAUUGCGAAGACGGGCGGACGUACGUCGGCGUCGAAAGCGGAAAAAGCGCUAAAGCGAAUAACGAAAAGUGCGAAUACCAUAAAUAAAAGAGAGCCAAACAACUUGUUUUUUUUUUCUGUUCGUCUUGACAACAACAAAAGGAAUAUAAAUAAUACACAACGAGAGAUAGCGAAAGCACCUAAGAAAAUAACAACAAAUGCAUAAAAUAUUUUUGUUUUUUUGCCACCCUGCAAAAAUGCAGUUAGGGUUUGUUUGUCUCCUGAAACGAUAAACGCAAUCAAACUAAGAAAAGCCCAAGCCUGGACAAAAAGGAAAGGAUAUAUAAACAUAGUACAGGAUACAAAAGCGAGCGAGUGAGCAUUUAAGAGGGAAAGCGAAAGAGAAGCGAUGGCCAGCGAGGAUGUGCAGAUCAUCAGCGUCAUCGAUGCCAAUGGGCAGAGUUUACCGCUGCACGGCAACAGUUUGGGCGGUCCCUUGGGUCCACCGGUCAAACAGGAGCGACCCGAUGACGCCGAGAUCCGCGAGUUGGCGGCCAAAAUGAAGGAGCAACAGAAGCAACAGGCCGCCCAACAGGCGUCCCGUCAGGCGGCCAUGCAACACUCGAAUGGGGGCGGCAAUGGAGCCGCCUCAGCCGGUGGCAACAUGCAGCCUCCAAUCACAAAUGGCAAUGGCCAGACCAGCAUCAUGAGCUACCUAUCCCGACACCAAAAACUACCCAAUGGCACCAUGCAGGUGGUGCCCGCUUUGGCCUCGAACGGUCGAUCGAACGGAGCCAUCAGCGAUUCGGGAUCGGAUAAGAAGUCCUCGGCGGGACCCUGUGACGAGGAGUCCAUCAACGGCCACUUUGGCUGGGCGCAGUUCGGCAAGGUGUCGAUACCCUACAUCUUCAGGCAGUCGGAGAAGUACUGCUCCGUGCGGAUGAUCGAGCUGAAGCUGCUGGGCAAAUACCUCAACUGCCUGCACCCGGACAUCUACUCCAGUUGCACCUGCGUUCGAAGCUAUUACAUCACCGACGCCGAGGCGCGUCUCUUUAUUGAGAUUAAUCACAAGCACUGCGAUGGGGAAUUCGGUCGGGACAUCUUCAACCAGAAGGAUCUGGUGGUGCGACUGAGCGAUGCCUCCAAAUUCUAUCAGUUCCUUGACAUCUGCUACAGGAAAUUGGUGUCGGGUAGCAAGACCCCAUCGGAGAAAUGCGGAUUCAUUCGCAUCAACAAGGAGUCCGUGGUGCCCUACACUGUGCGCAAUAACCAGCAGGUUGUGCCGCUCUUCUACUUCGAGGGCGAAACUGAGAACCUGAAGACCAAGGCGGAGCUGCUCAAUGGCUGGGAUUUGGCCUAUUUAAAGUUCUGCUGCAAGGUGCAGGGCAUUCGCAACGAGCUCUUCUCCAGCGAGAACGUCGCUGUGAUAUCGCUGACUGACAUCAAGAGUUACUUCCCCAACGGCACUGAAUUCGAGGACUAUUGGCCCAGCAAGGUGGUGGACUCGAAUUUGCUGAUUGGCAACCGGGCGAAUGUCAACAACUCCGUCAACUGGACCCGCCAGCCAUCGGCGCCGCCACCGAAGGUAACGAAUACGGGAUCAUCCGGAACAUCGGGCUCUUCGUCCUCGAGCGGUGGCAACGGCUUGGGCCAGAACUCAAGUUCGUCCUCGAAUUCGGCGGGCGGCCAACAGGUGUCCUCGAAGUCACAGCAGCAACAACAACACGCUUCGGCGACAGCUGCGGCGACCGCGCAGCAACAGCACAUUAUGAAGCAACGCGCAGCCGCAGCAGCUGCCGCAGGUGCCGCCAACGGGGUGGGAAAUGCGCCCAACACCUUUGGAGCAGCUGCGGUGGCGGCCUUCAAUACCCAAGCGGCGGCAGCGGCAAUGCUGCAGCAGUCGCAGGGCAACCGGAUGCUCUCACAGGCCACCGUUCAAGCCCUGGCCAGCAGCGGUUGGAUGUCCGGGCAGAGCAACCUCCAGCUCCACGCCCAGAUGAUGGCUCAGCAAACGCACGCGAAUGCCAAUCGUGUGGGCAGUUAUCGAGAGCACAUGAACAACCUGAUGAUGAGCGGAAGCAGUCGACAGCCGUAUUCCUACAACAACCCUGCGAUCUCCAUGUCAUCGGUGAAUAGCCACAGUGGUGGUGGCGGGAACGCUCCACCUCCCCUCGUCCGUUCGGCGGCGGGCCAGAAUGCCAACCACAUGUCAAAUGUCGAGCAGUCACUGGUGCAACAACAGCAACAGCAACAGACACAACAACCGCAACAACAACAACAACGACACCAGAACAGCACAUUUAACAACAACAACAACAACAACAACCAUGCACCACAGCAACACUCCUCACCAAACAGCCAGAACAGUAGUAGCCACCACCAUCAUCACCACAAUGCCUUAGCCAAAAGUUUGAGCAGCAGCAGCAGCAGCAACAUGCGGAGCAACGGCAACACGAACGGUGGCAACAGCAACAGUGGCAACAACAACAACUCCAGUUCGGCGGCCGCCGUCGCCGCCGCUGCUGCUGCUGGCUAUGUGCAGGCUCUCCUGGGCGGCGGCGCUGGGGCGGGGGGCGUGGCCGGUGGCGCUGGCGCCGGCGGCAAUGCCUUCAACUACAACCUGCCCUCCACCCGGGCGGACUACACGAACCUGGCGCUGUGGAACCAGCUGACGCCCACCCAGCGCCUGCUCUUCAGCCAGCAGCUCAAGGGAGCGGCGGCCAGUCCCGUUGGCUCCUCUGGUGGCGGCGGUGGUGCAGCCAGCAAUUCGGGAUCGAGCCAUGUCCUCGGAAAGCAAAACUUUCCGGCCCUGCCCUCCCUGCCGCUCGACACCGAUCUGAUCACCAUGCUGGACUACAACAAUCCCAACAAGGUUGGCAAGAGCCAAAAGUCCGGAGCCGCAACCUUCACCAAACCGAUUGUCCCGCCUUUGAUUCCGGACGGUUCGGGGGCUGAGAUUAGCCUGACCAAAACAAGAAGAGGAGGUGGUGGUGAAGGAGGUGCAGCUGGAGGUGGAAAUGGUGGAGGUGGAGGGGGAACUGGAGCUGGAAGUGGCGUUACCAUACCACUCAACUCAAGUCAGGCUCUCGAGGACUUCGAAAAGAAGUUCACCGUGAUGACGGACGAAAUGCGAGCGGUGAUCCAAAAGGUGCUGGCCAAUCCGGAUAUCUCGACGUCCAUUCAAACGAACUCCUCAGGCGGCGGCAGCGGCGGCAACCACAACCACAGUGGCAAUCAGAAUCACCUGGUGCCAUCGUACAUAUCGCCGCCCAUGUCGCCAUCGGUGGGCGGCGUGGGCGGUCUCAACAUGGGCAUGGCCAUGGGAAACGUGGCCACCCUGACACUGGCCUCCAAUCCCAACGUGACGAUAAUUCCCCAGUUGCCGGGACACUUUCUCCACUCGCCGUCGAGCUCGUGCUCCAGCUCAAGUGCCUCGAACACGGCGGCAUCCCCGUUGAGCAGUGGUGGUGGGGGAUCGGGUGGGGCGGGAUUGGCGGGAUUGGCAGGAGGCGGGGCGGCGGGAGGGCCACUGUCGUCGAGCGGGGUGACGGCGGGGGGUGUUGGUCGGCAGAAGAGCGUCAUUUGCUCCACCAAGAGCAGCAGCCUGCCGAUGGCCAUACUUUCGCUAGCCAGCCACUCUUCGGGCGGAGUCGUCGGCGGUGGCUCAAGUUCAGGGGGACGACGGAGCAAUAGCGGCGGCAACCACAGUAGCAAUUAUGGGCGUCAGACACACAGCCAAAGUAGUAGUAGUAGUGGUAGUAAUAACAGUAGUAGCCACAACAGUACACAAUCCACACAACAACAACAACAUCAACAACAACAACAACAGCAACCCACACCCACUGACGUAAUCGAUCUGUCCUCCUCCCGAAGGUCACUGGCUGCAUCGGCGGCCUACCUGCAGCAGCACUCGUCGGCUGUGGCGCAGCAGCAGCAGCAGGUGGCGGCGGCAGCGGUGGCCCAGCACCGCCUGGCCGCCGCGGCCGCCCACCAUGCCCAGCACGCCCAGCAGAACGGACGCAGUUCCUCCGGCUCGGGCAGCUCCGCCAGUUCCGCCGCCAAUGCCUCCGGCGGCAACAACGGGACGAGCGGAUCCGGCUCCAAUGGCAACGGGGCGACCGGCAAUGGGAGCGCCUCCGCCAAUAGCGCCUCCCUGCAUCUGCAGCGGCACGCGGUGCUCGCCCAUGCGGCGGCGGCGGCCAAUGCGGCGGACAGCGCCCAGCGGCUGUGCGUCAUCCCGGAGAUACCCACCAACAACAUGAACCUGACCCCGUACCGGGUGCAGAAGGUGUGCGUGGACAAGCACCUGGUGCCGUGCAUCAACAUGAAGGCCUUCAAUGACUCCGAGCAGCUGAUGACCCUCAUCGAGUUCCAGAAGAACUUCUUCCCCUCGGUGCCGCUGGACCACUGCAAGCGGCUGAUCGAGGCCCUCGGCGUGGAGCUCUACAAGGCGAAUCGGCGGCAGGUGCAGAUCCUGAUGGAGUACGACCGCACCUACAACGAGAACAUGCCGCUGGUGCAGGUGCGCGACAUCAUCAAGUACAUGACGCAGCUGACCUUCAUGACGCGCCAACCGGAGCAGCCGCCGGCCAAAAGGACGCGCACGAGCUAG